UGGGGCAUGGCCGUCAAUGUGUAUUCCACGUCUGUGACUAGUGAGAACUUGAGUCGUCAUGACAUGCUAGCAUGGGUCAAUGACUCUCUGCAGCUCAACUACACCAAGAUUGAGCAGCUUUGCUCAGGGGCUGCCUAUUGCCAGUUCAUGGACAUGCUAUUUCCUGGCUGCAUUCACUUGAGGAAGGUGAAGUUUCAGGCCAAAUUGGAGCAUGAAUAUAUACACAACUUCAAGGUGUUACAGGCUGCAUUCAAGAAGAUGGGUGUGGACAAGAUCAUCCCAGUGGAGAGAUUGGUAAAAGGAAAGUUCCAAGAUAACUUUGAAUUCAUUCAAUGGUUUAAGAAAUUCUUUGAUGCCAACUAUGAUGGAAAGGAGUACAAUCCAUUAUUGGCGAGGCAAGGCCAGGAAGUGGCACCCGCUCCAAACCCAGGUGAUCAGAUCUUCAACAAACACAAGAAACCCAUUGGCACUGCAGUUCCACAGAGAACCUCCCCAACAGGCCCCAAGAACAUGCCGAAUCCAGCUCGAGUGAACAUCACUCCCAGCAAUAUUGUACGGAAAAAUCCUCCUUUGGCUCGGAAUGGGGGCAGUGAAGCUGAUGCCCAGAUCCUGGAGCUUAACCAACAGUUGAUGGAUUUGAAACUGACAGUGGAUGGGCUGGAGAAAGAGCGUGACUUCUACUUUAGCAAACUGCGGGACAUUGAGCUGAUCUGCCAGGAGCACGAGAGUGAGAACAGCCCCAUCAUUUCAGGCAUCAUAAGCAUCCUGUAUGCUACAGAGGUCAGUGAAGAAGGCUUUGCCCCUCCAGAGGAUGAGGAAGUGGGCGAGCAACAUCCAGAAGAUCAGGAUGAAUAUUAGCUAUGCGAAAGCACACUUGAUUUCUCGCUGUCUGGCUAUGACAGAUCACCCCAUGCUCCUCACUUACCAUGGACAUUUAAGGUUUUGCAUUGUACAGCCUCAUCCUCCACAGUCACAUAUUAUAACAGGUUUUCUAUCGACAAGAGGCCCCCAGUGGUUUCUGUAUGUUGUGCAGAGCCCACAGGAAGCCCAGAACUACAUGGUAAAAAAAGGCAUCAGUAGGUGGCGAAGACCAGCACUGUAAAUACCUUGUAGUGGGGCAGAAUUCCUAGAUUGGUGGCCUGGCUCUUUUUCCUCCUCCUGGUCCAUCCCAUUUACCCCUAUUUAUUGAUUUCAGUUGUCUUGGGUGUGAGUGCUGCAAUCCCUUGUAUUAUAUUGAGAGACAAAUUCUUUGUAUAUUUUUCCGUACUGGAUUUCACUAGCACUUUGCCUGUCAUAUUCAUGCUGAGCCAAGCUCUGGCACCCCUCCUGGCUUCAGAAAAUUUGGGAGCAUGUGAGCCUAAAGGCCAAGCUCAGUACUAGAAGCUCGCUCAGUGGGUGGGUGCAGGGGGAGGGG